AUGGCAUCAGCUUCUUCCACCUUCAAAUUCUUGUCACUGCUAGUAGCUUUAUUUGUCAUCGCCAAAAUGGCAAUCGCUGGAGACCCGGAUAUUAUUUCUGAUUUUAUAGUCCCACUAAAUGCAACCACGGUUGAUGGAGCAUUCUUCACUUUCACUGGCAUGCGUGCCCUUGUUGGCACACAACCACCUUCAGCUUUCAAGGUCUCAAAGGUAAGUGCAGCCGAAUUUCCAGCUCUUAUUGGGCAAAGCGUUUCAUAUGCGGUGCUUCAAUUCCCGGCUGGCACUACUAAUCCACCUCACACUCAUCCUCGGUCUGCGGAGCUUCUUUUCCUUGUUGAUGGUUCUCUUCAAGUAGGAUUCGUCGACACAACCAACAAGCUCUUCACCCAGACUCUACAGGCUGGUGAUAUGUUCAUAUUUCCCAAGGGGCUCGUCCACUUCCAAUACAAUGCCGAUGCUCAAAAUCCAGCUUUGGCAAUUUCUGCUUUCGGAAGUGCUAGUGCAGGGACUGUAUCACUUCCUACUACCCUUUUCACCACCAGCAUUGACGAUAACAUCUUGGCUAAGGCCUUCAAGACUGAUGUUGCCACCAUUCAAGCUCUGAAGGCUGGUCUUGCACCAAAGCCUUGA